AUGGCAUCAAAGAUCACAUUUUUAUUUCUCCUUGCUCUCGUUAUCUCUUGUGCAAUGAUGGUGAGUGUUCCGACAGCAGAAGCUCAGGUUUUUCUUCCUUGCAAAACAACUAAAGAUUGUGAAUACCUCCACUGCUCGAGUGGGACAGGUCAAUGCGUAAAAAGUCAGUGCCGAUGUAGCGGCUCAUUGACUCGUAAAGUUAAAAUUGACAACUUUAAAACGACGAGUUAUGCUCAGACGUGCAAGGUGACGAGUGAUUGCGACCCUAAUAUGAAAGCUUCAUGUGUCUCAGGAUCUUAUAUGUGUUUCAAUGGCUUAUGUACUUGUACUCAUUAA